CUGAGCCGUGCGAAUAGGUCCACCAUGACCUUCGAGGACUUCUGCGGUGGUCCGUUCUGGGACGAGGAGUUCGUGUGGGAUAUUGACAAUCCGAACCUGACGUUCUGCUUCCAGCGUGUCAUCCUCCAGUGGGUACCGUGUGCGUUUUUGUUCGUGUUCUCCAUCUACGACAUCUUGAAGAUUACCGAGAGUCGGUACCGUGACAUACCAUGGAACUGGUACAACCUCUCGAAGAUGCUAGUGAUAUUCCUGCUGAUGUGCAUGUCCUGGAUCGAUCUGGGCAUGGUGUUGGGCUACCAGGAUGAGCAGGGCUUGUAAGUUGUGCAGAUCCUGACGGCCGUGUUC